AUUUUGAAAUUUAAACAUGAGUGAUACAAUUCUUGAAAGGCGAGUUAUUCUGAUUGGGAAAACCGGAUGUGGUAAAAGUUCUACCGGAAAUACACUGUUGAGGACGAAGAAUUUUUCAUCAAAAAGGGGUUUCAAAGCUAGAACAAACGAAUGUUUAGUUGAUAUAGGGAAUGUGGAAUUCGGACAUUUGAAUUAUGAAUACACUGUUGUUGACACACCGGGGUUUUUUGACACCGAAACGCCACUUGCAAAGACGGCGCUCAUGAUUCAGUCUUCAGCUACGACAUAUUGCCCAAACCCACAUGCCUUUCUUCUCGUAUUCACAGCCGGACGAUUUACCCACGAAGACAACUAUACAGUGGAUAUGUUGCGAGUCAUUUUUGGCGACAAGAUAUGGGAGCAUAUUAUAGUUGUGGUAACGCAUGGGGACGAUUUCAUAUCAGAUGAAGAUUUGAGGACACAAGUACGUGAACACACAACCCUUUCUGAAAUUGUCAAGAAGUGCGGAAACAGACUUUUUAGAAUUGAGAAUUUUGCAACUCAAACCAAACCUGCGCCGGAGAAAAUAUUCAAAGCCAUUGAAUUGUUAUGUAAAAAUGGGACUCACCGUUAUUCUUAUGCAUACAAGCAUUGUCACGAAAAAGAGUUAAGAGAUCAUAUCUCUAAUUACAAAGGGUCUAAGGACAUUGCAUCUCAGCUUGAGGCACUCAAGAAAAAUAUCGGAAGGUGGAUACCUGGCUGGAAAUCAGUUUGUUUAGGAGUUGCCGCCGGCAGAGCUAGGUUUUUGAUUUCAACAAGGGCUGUAGCAGGGGCCGCGGCAGGCGCAACAGCAUGGGUUACCACAAACGCGGCGACUGUGGCCACUUCCGUAGGGGGUGCUUUAUCUGGUGCACUUAAAAAUUUCAAAUCCCGCUAACGAUAUGAUUAUGCGUAUUUAAGUUGCUGUAAUGAUACUAAACAUAACAGAAGAACUGCGUUGGUGUCACCACCUAGUUUGUUUCCAUAAUUUAAAAGCUUUAACUAUAGUGUAAAGAAGACUCUACAACCUCUACGCGUUAUCAAAACAGGGAUAUAUAAUAAUUGACAACUCGCAUGAAUCAUUUAUUAAAAGUGUCUUCCUUUAAAAACGAUCGUUGGUGACAGAAAAAAAGCUGUUUGGACACCUUAAGCAAUUGAAGAUUGAUGCGAACUUUCGAAGAAACAGUUGGAUGUUAAUAACAGUUUGAUACGUAUAACUCAUAGUUAUAUGUUUUUAUUGCAUGCCAUUUAACCUUUAACAUCGUGCAGUAUAUAUAUCUAAUUUGAAAAUGUAACUUAGUAUUUUUGAUAUUCAUUUCAUUAUAAUACGUUGUAUUUGCUCUUCUAAUUCAA